ACAGCUACAUCUUCACUCCCGAAUAUAUAUCCAGAACGAUCCGGGUGCCUAUAUGUGACGUGACCUAGUUGGGUAGUUCCCAGUCAGAUAGAAUAUUUGGGGAAGAAAUAUCAAAAAUCAAUUCUUGGAAAUUAUUAUUACAUAUAUAUUAGACACAUAUAUUCAUUAGAUAACAUGCUUUUGACACUGGUAUUUUUGUGGAUAUUUUCUACGUCAUCUCAUGUCUCACCACACCAACCCCCUGUUGAUCGUAGUCGGCUUACUGGAUUAACAAGCAACUCUACAAACCAGCGUGUACAAAUAUUUCGAGGACUUGGACCAGUAGAAACUUCUCUCCAAAAUUCUCAUGAGCACGCUUAUGACCCCAGUGAUCAUCAUCAUCACGAUCAUGAUGGACACAAGGUUCACAAACUGAACAAACUUAAUAUUCAAGAUUUCAUUACUCAGCGAGAUUUGGAGAAACAUCGUAGAAAAGAUGCCACUUGGAAAACAUAUUUUGCUGAGAUUUUAGCUGCCCUUAUUCUCGUUUGCGUCAUGGUUGUAUUUCUUUGUUGGUGGAACUGGUCCAAAAGGAGCAGGCAGAGGCAAAAUAAUCGCCAUACGGGUGGAACUGGACCCGGACGUCAGAAAGGCAGGAUGAAUAGACAGCAUACUAUGCCCGAGUUAUACAUGAACACAAACCCUGGAGCCCCAAAACCCCCCUACGUCGGCUCUCCCGAAGAGGAAAACCAGAAGGCAACCCACGCGCGAUUCUCCGAUAACGACUCAAUUGAUGCUUGCGUUUCAGCUCCAACUAAUGUUUAGGUAUCUUAAUUCAGAUUGCUUGAUUACAUUGAAAUUUUAAAUUGCUCAAGACAUAUCACUUCUAUUGCUCUAACUUGGUAUAUAUAUACAUACAUAUAUGCGCAACUGAUAGAAUUUGCAUACAUAUUAGCAAGAUGAUACCCUAUGGGCAUUUAAAAUUUUAUUAUUUUGCAAGCGACUCUUAUAUGUAUGUCCAUACUUUUGUAUUUAUAUAGUUAGUUAGAGGGUGAAAGAAUGCGAGAGCUUUUCAAACGUACAUACAUAUGUACAUAUAUGAGAAAACGUAGAAUCUCACCAGGUGUGACGUGGUCUUGUGGCAAACUUAAUAAACCACUAGGAUCGGAAAACCACAAGUCUGUCGGUACUUCACAUUGUCCGAAAAUGAGAGUAAACGAUUUGGAGAACCUCUAAAAGCCACUAAAAAUAUUACGAAAAUGCGAUUUUUCUGGUUUAAAAAAACGUGUAACUUUCUGUUUUGUCUUUUCAAGGAAUGCAUCUAAAAUGAAUUAAAUGUAUAUACCACACACAUCCUAUGAAUUAGGAAAUGUAGAUUUCUGAAAUUUAAUUUGUCUGCCUGCUCUACUGGGGAAGCACUCGUUAGCAGAAACCGGUGAAAAGCGUGGAGUAAGCGUUCCUCAACAACCUCACCAUAUAAAACUGUUCAAAGUACGGUGGGGGUAUAGACAGAUAGACACCAAGAAAAUUAAAGCCAAAUGCAUGCAGGGGUUUCAAAGCGUACUAAGCAUAAACGACAAAAAUAUAUAGCUGUAGCCAACUAUCCACUUUGAAAAAGUGCUCGACCAAAAUUCAUAAAAUUGAUUCAUUUUCACAAAACUUACUGAAUUGAGGAUCCUGAAAGUAGAAUAAAGGGCAUCCCAUAAGUAAAGUGCAGCUCGGUCAGCCAGUGCGCUCUCCGAGUUGUCCCACGUAUUUUUCUCUCAUUUUUGAAUUGUUUAAAGUCCAGACUUCUGGUUUUCCGAUCUUGGUGGUCUAUUACAUUUGUCCCAAGACCAUGUCACCUUUAAUGGUUUCGUUUUCUCAUAUAUACUUAUGUAAAUUUGAACAGCAUUGGCAUUGGCAUUCUUUGUUGCUCACCCUCUACGUAGUAUUUCUCUCAUCCUAAGUCUUAAAAUAUGUAUGAUCCCUUCGUUCCAUGUUGACAUCAGUGAGACGUAAAUUUUACUUCCAAAUACUUUCACUAAACUACAUAUGUAAACCCUUCCAAAAAUAUUUUCAGAGCUUUAUAAACAAUUACAUUUACAUAUACAUAUUUAUAUCUGUACAAAUAUAUGUAAUUAUCAUUAAUAGUAACCAGUGCAUUUGUAAUUACUAUUGUCUGAUUUACAGGGUGUAUGCAAUGUUUUUACUUGAUUGCCGACUGUUGUUCGCAUAAUAUCAUCCUUUUCGUAUGUUCUACAGUAAAUAUAUAUUUAAACUUGUGAUUGUCUGAGAAAUCAAAACCGUUGGGGUAUUCGAGUAUUUAAAAUAUUGUAUUAAAAUGCCGACAAAUGUGUUUAUGUAAUACAAAGUGAAAAUGUGUGCCUAUUAAUAACAAACCAAAAAUGCUUAUACUUUUUUGAUUCUUAUGCCAGUUGAAAUAGUAAAAGUCUGAUAAUGGUGAACUCAUUGAAAUACUUCACAAUUUGCCAACUUUAUUCCUGCCAUACAACAAUUUAUCAGUGAAGAAUCGGCUACUCUCUCUAACAUGUUCUGAAUGAUAAAUAAUUGCUUUUUAUUGUUUUGCUUAUACACAUACGCAGAUAUGCGAGACAACAUAUCCAAGGACCGUAUUUAUGUGUUAUGUACAUUUAUAGUAAUUGUUCAAAUCCCAUAGAAUAAAUUUUCCCGUAUAUAAAUAUAUUUACUAGUUCGAGGUUAAAUAUUCCUAAUUUGAAGUAACGUGUAAAUAUUCACCGCAUAUCUGCAGUAUAAUAUACCUUUUGAUAAUUUAUUAUUUUUAUUACGAGUAUGGAAUACUAUUGCUUUGGUAUUAAUGUCCAGGUUUUAGACCCUGUUAUUAGCAUUUUCUUCUUCGUUUUCACCAGAUUUCAAUGUAUAUAAUUCCACUAAAUAUGUAUGUGUAAAUU